AUGCUUUCAAUCUUCAUUGGAGCUCUCAACCUUCCGCAGCGCAGUGCAGCACCACCACCCGUUUUUACUCUUGCCGGCAGGAUUGAGAAGCAAAAGAAGCUCUCUCCUGUCGAGAGGUGGAGCACCGGGAAGAGCAGACUCGCGGACCGGGUAGGAAUUUCAAGCCCAACAUACCCUUUGCGUUCGGCUCCGUUCCUGGCCAGCCCGCCGCUUCGGGUCUCCCUCGCAGUCCCUGGCGGGGAGGAGGGAGUGUGA